AAAUCCAUCCGAAAUCGACGAGUCGGGGAAAAGGAGAGAGGAAUGAUGAAGACUGUGGUGGCGCUCACCCCGACCACCGCGUCGUCGAGAACCCGGUCGGCCUCCGCCGCCUCCGGAGACCGCUCGGAGGCCCGUGGCGGCGGCGACAGCUGCUACUUCCCCGGGUGCCGAAAGGACACCAAUUGCCACUGCGACAUCUGCCUCGCCAGCAUCCACGCCACCCGCGACCUCGUCCCCUCCCUGUCGUCGAAGCCCAAGGCGAGGGCGGCGGCGUCACCGGUGCCGUUCCUCACCGACAGCCCUCCUCCGCUCCCAAGGCCCGCCCUCGCCGUAACCCCUCCCCCAACCCCGCCCAUUCGGCCCUCGCCGAGAUCUAGGCCGGCGGAGAAGAGAGCGACCGUCAAGAAGCAGAGAUCUCGGAGCCUUGGAUAUCCGGUAAUUAGGUUUCUCGUGGGCUUGUUCUCGCUGUGGGCGGCGGAUUCCGGCUUCUCGGCGGUGGUUUUGAAAAGUUUCAGCCCUAAGAUGACGCCAGAGGCGGUGGCGCAAGCAGGCGAGAAAUCUCGAGUUCUUGGGCAUGAUCUGAAGGGAAGAUUGGAGCUUUUGCAGCAGCAGGUGGAGAAGCUGGUCGGCGGGAGGGUUUCAAAUUGCAGCUCCACCGAUUCUUAUUGGGAAAUGAAUCAAUUGCAGGGCGGCCACUUCCUGUUCCAGUGGAGGUGUGUGAUCUACAAAUCGAUGGCAGAGAAAGUGAGCGUUUGGGGAAGUCCCCUGAGGACCACAGGUCUACUCGCAUCCGGAGCUUCUCCUCGAUCGAUAACCAUUCUAUCGGGCAGGAUCACAGAGUGGCCAGACGAUGGUAAGCUGCUAUCCACCAUGAGAACAAGCAACAGCAGCUCAUGGAGGUACGAGAAAUGGAGAUCAGCCGCACUGCAUCUGGAUGCCAACACAUGGGUCUUGGAGUACGAGAGGAAUGCCGUGUUGGAGGGGCCAGGAUUGAUCCCAGCAGCACGGGAGCUGCUGAGACUGAGGGUGUGGAAGAAGGUCACAAAUCUGGGACUGCGGCAGUCUCUGAGCCGCCUUCUCCGCGGAGAGGAAGAAGAGAUGACAUCCCCAACAUAGCGAGUGCAUUGUAAUCGUCCUCCUGCUUUCUUCAUCCCCGUCUCUCAUCUGUUAUGAGAUGCUGAAUCGUGUGCUCUCUCAGACAUGGUUUUGACCACAAAACAUUGUUCUCCCAUCAACCAUGCAUGUUCACUACAUUAGCUUAGCCAACUGCAGUGGCAAUCCCUAAUGAAAUCUUCGACUCGGCUCAUCUCGAAGCCCAAAUAGGAAUACGAGGCUCGAUGGGUCCAAUUAGCCCUCAGCCGACCCAACCACUGUGUGUGGAUUAGGCGGUGCUCGCCGCCCUCUGUCUAUAUAUACUUCCCUCCGGUCCGAUCCUUCGCACGCGGUUUCCUUUUUGCCCCCCCCCCCCCCCCUCCGGCGGAAGAAAGGUGUUGCUUCCCACCCUUCCCCUUCCAUUCGCUCCUCCGUCGCCGAACCCCAAAUCAGCCAUCAAGAAACCCUAAAUCUAUCCCGAACCCUGUCGCCGCCCUCGUCCUCCCACAUCUCCAACCGAUUCCCGGCUUCGGAUCUACCCACCACGACCGAUUUCUUCGCGUCCCUCUGCUGUUCGGCAUAGGGUUUCCUCGCCGCUCGAUUUGGGAGAAUUCCAGUCCGGGACGGUCGCCUCUUUCUUUAUUCGAGAUUUGGGCCGAACCGUGACUGGUAAGCUCGCCUCUAUCGUUGUCUCCGAUCGGUAGUCGAGCUUUGGUCCGAUCGGCUUCUGGGCGGGCGCCUUCCGUCGUUGCGAGAUUCUGGUGAGCGGUAACCCCCUUUGGGCGAAGAGGCUUUCGCUCGACGAGGCUUGUCUCCCUGCAGCGGCCGGUCGAAAUUGCGCGUCGCGGAGCCUCGAUAUCGACUUCUUGAGGGCGUCUUGUUGCCGAUCGUUGGUCUUUGCUGCUUCAACUGCGCUUCCACCCGAUCGAUCAAGAAAGGAGUUGCCCUGAAGCUAUUAUUUGGUCUUUUCCUGCUCCCGCUUGCGGAAUUGGUAUCUUGAUUCAGCAACAGGGCGUGGCCUUCAACCGAGUCAUUAGGGAGGAGAUAGAUCAUCUGUAUACAAGUUUAUAAUUUCUGUUGUUCUGGCUCAAUAUCAGACCUGAUUUUAUC